UCUCAGGUGAAUACGGUUCAAAAUGAGCUGGCUGCGGACCCCGGUGUUCAUGCGGCAACUCUCGCGCAGCCUCGACCCGCGGCACGACUACGAGCCGCAGGCCUGCUACAGCUCCUUCUGCAAGCACUGGCAGCAGGCACACGAGAUCAUACUCAAAUCUCAGCCACGCCAACUUCAUGAUGACGUGCUGGCCGUCGCCAAUCACCUAGAACAACUCUCGACCCUGCUGGAACUUGAAGCGCGGGCCCGGGAGACCAACACCGUGGCCACAUCAGGGGCGUGCCUCGAACACUUGCUGUCGGAGAACCUUCUCGACAAGCUGUACGAAUGGGGAAAUUCUACUGGCAUGUACAAGAACGCCGUGCGUUCAGAGCAACUGAAGCUGUUUGGAAAUCUCAUCAUUCAUUACAGCUCACAGGUGUUAGCAGCAGAGCCGUUCCUUAGGCCGCUUCUGAAACUGUUCAGCGGGUUGAGGAACGAAUUAAUCCCGCUUGAUCAGGAAACUCAAUUGGUGAUGGUAUUGAACCACCUGUGCGUCGCCCUGAUGCAAAACAUCGAUUUUGUCGACCUGUUCUUCUUGACGAACCACACGCAAACCGAAGCCAAGCCUGAGUUCAUAAUAGCCCGCCUCCUCCUGAAGUUCGUCCAUCGCGAAGGCCCCAAGGGUUCAGCGGCGCGCGACGCCCUGCUUCUGUGCGCGAACAUGUCUGCGCGGUGCCCGCAACUGGCGAGGUGCAUGCUGGAAGGAGAUACUUGCCCUGUGCUGGCUACGGGUCUAAGUGGGCUUUACUCGCUCCUCCCGCGGACGUUGGGCGACAACGUGUACCGACUAACAGCCGACGACGUGAACCAGGGCCACAAGCUGACGCUGUUCACCGACUCGGUGGAGUUCUGCAACGCUGUGGCGCAGGUAGCGCAUCCGUCCAUCAAGAAACAACUGCUCGACCUGCUGUACCAAGGGUUCCUAGUGCCCGUCAUGGGGCCCGCCUUACUCCAGACGAAACCCGGGCCGUUGCAGAGUGGCGCUCCCGAGCAAGCGGCGGCGAUGGCGUAUCUAGAGCUAGUGCUCAGAUGCUCAACGCAACGGGGAUUGCUGCGGGCGAUUCUACAUUUUCUCUUCACUUAUGAAUAUGAUGGCGUGAAGCUGAUUGACGUCAUGCUUAGGAGAUUGGAUGGGAAUACUCAGCUCGCCCUAGUCUCCCUAUCCCUAAUGGAGACCCUCAUCGACCUGAACUGCGAAGACGUGAUGAUCGAGCUAGUCUACAAGUACCUCCUGAAAGGGCACCACUUACUCACACACCGACCAACACCGCCCGACCCGGACUCAUACAGGGACGCCGCAAUGUCCUUCCUAAGUCUCAGCCCACAAUGCUGCUUCAGGCCUUUGAGUAGGACAAGAGCGUGGGUGGAUGAACUGGCCAUGAGCGGCCGAAGAGUGUUGGAUUUGAAGAGAGAUGAAGAGAGGGUUAAUGGGGUGCAAGAUGGCAUCGCUAUGAACAGUUUGGUGCAGGAGAUCAAGUUUAAUUAUGGGAACCCAAACGACACACUAUUCGGCAACUACCACGCGUACCUAUGCGACGCUCGAUUCGAAAUCGUCUCUCGCGCGCUCGCCUGCGCCCACUGGAGCUCCAAAUACGACACCAUCACCCUACCCAAGCCCGAACCCAACAACAACACGAAAGAGACCAGAGACGAGCCCAUCCCCACGAAAGAGCAAGACAGCCUUAUAUCAAACUGCACCAGCGGCUACGAUACUUUAAAAACUAGCGACACCUCAGAAAAAGAACCACACAGUUUAACAUCGCUGAACGAAGCGGAUGAACAAGAACAGCAAGAUGUAAACGGCGAUGGGAAAGACAGAGACAGCUUAAUAUCGACGGGUAGUGAUAGUGAUAAGAACGAGGAGUUUGUUGAAGACUCGUUUAGGAUGUGCUUCUUGAAGGUGGACCGGGAUUAUGAAGAAGUGCCUGUGAUAAAGAAUUGGGUGGCUGGCGGGAGAGUCAGUCCGGCGUCGCUUAUCGGCCCUCUCCUAAGCAGCCUCCUGAAGAAAGCGGCGGCCCUCCUAGAAUCAGACGUCCUCAGCAAUUGCCUAGUGACGGGGCUGCUCGGGAAACUGUGCGCGGCGCCCUGCGCACUCCUACCCGGCCUGCUGCUCCCGCAGCCGCACACGCAGCCCAACGUGCCCUCCCUGUACCAGAUACUAAGCAAGCUGCGGGACGAACUGGACGAGUUGACCAGCGGGCUGGACAACACUGCGGAACUGGUGGACAAGGCGCGAGUGUUCCUCGUGCAGAGAGAACUGCUGCUGGUCAGGAGGACCAACAGCGAAGGGUCUAACAACAGCAGCAGUCCUCGAGCCGAUGAGCCUCUACAUCGCGGCGAGACCAAACGGCGGAGUUUGAGCACUAGUCUAUCCAACAUGUUCGGACGACGAUUAUCAGGGUCCCCAUCACAGCCGCACAGCAUCCCGCACUCGACCAACUCGCCCGCCAAGCGGCCCGUCUUCACCCAAGAGGCCUACUGGAACCAGUCCAUAGCUCUCCGAUCCAUCCUCAAUGCCGUCCUACUAGACGAAUGGUUAAAAGAACUCGCAGCUCUCUGUGAGGAGCAUGCACUUAGACUCUCGGCUGUCAACUAUGAGGACGAUACUUAUUUACGAACGGUGGGGUUAUGACUGUUAGCUAAACGUGGCGUCAAGGAUGUAGCUACGCGAGACACGUCCGUAUGACAGAGAAAUGUACAUUGAAAUUGCUUUACCUACCCCAUAUUCACCCAAGAGACCUACUGAAACCAGUACGUCCUCAAAGCCACCCUACUAGACGAGUGGCUGUAGAAACUUAGACGAUACUUUUGAGGACGUUAGGGUUAUGACCGUUAGCGAAACGGGGGGUCAAAGAUGGAGCUCAAAAUACGUCCAUUUGACAGACGAACUAAAAUAAACUUAAUGCAUUGGAGCAAUUUUGGGGUAAAGAGAGAUCACAUAUCAGCAUAGUUGAUUAUUACGCUACAUUUGCUGAUCGUGCCUUCUGUCAAUUGUAGUGAAUACUAUAAAAGGGAAAUCGAAAAACAAUCUUACUUCGUGAGAAAUAAGGUUGAUUUUUUCGAAAGCGCUCUAAUGCGACAUACGUUGAAAAGGAAUUAGGGAGUUUAGUCUGAUAUUAGAGCUGCACCAUCACGCGGAAAAAACAGCUCUUACCUUAAAUCUUUAGGGUUUAAUUGAAUUUAUAACCAUAAAUGUGUCUUGCAAUAUGACAGGAUUAUCGAAUUUAGCGCUGUGCGUGCUCAAAUGGGAAUUAUUAUUAAGGUUACAAUUAAAAUAAAUCUAAGGUGAGUUGGUAAGGGAGUUAUUCCACUGUCCAAUUUCUUGGUCCAAUAUGUAUUUGCGUCUCACAUUUUGCUUUGAGACGCAAUGCACAUUGGACCAAGAAAUUGGACGGGUGGAAUACCAUCUAAGGCACUUUAAUAUGUUAGCAAAAAUGUAUGGGUUGUUGCUACAGUCUGAUUUUGUACAUAGUUAGACUUAUUUUCCAGUUAUAUUGCUAGACACGUGUAUGGUUUUUGCCUUUUCUUACACGGUACAUAAGAAUUAUGAAGAUUUUAGAUUGUAAUGUACAUACAAAUUUAAAAUUGGAUCGAAAUCGCUUUAAAUUUUAUAUGUUUAAUUUCGUAACGAUCAAACUUUUUAAUUUUUAACAUUCAGUGAUAUUUACUUGUUUUAUUAUGCUAUAAUUAUAGUAAUACGUAAUAAUCACACAUAAUUAUAAGUACCUACUUUUAUCGAGUAGUAAAUGCCAUGAAAGUAAUUUUGAACUGUGAUUUUGUGAUGUUCAAAACUGGUUUAUUUAUUGUACAUAUAUUCAGUAUUUCGUAAAUAACUAUUAAAACAGUAGCCGCGUGUGUUUUAAUACUUUAAUACUAAUAACAAUUAUUAAUUACCUAUAAGAUUUAUGGAUGUUUCUUUAAACUUUAAUUAUUAAUAUGUCCGUGCUUUUUAUUCUAUUCAAAUGUUUUUAAUUUUUCAGAUUUUGACUUUCUUAGUUUUGUAUAAUUAUUAUGUUUUAUUGUAUAACUUGCGAAUGAAUUGGUUAUUUUCGUGAAACGAACAUUUAUAUUGUGUUGUAUUUUGUUUCUUAUAUUUUUAUAGUUUGACAGUAUUUGUUGCGCAAUGCUAUAAUAUGUAAAUCCAGGACUUAUCGGGACUCUAGUCCUUACUACGUCACGUCCUUCUCCGUCCAACGGAUAUAAACAUCUUUAUAUAAGGUUAUGUAAGCGCAAAUUUUUAAUUAAAUAAGAAUAUAUAUUAUAUUUCUAACUUGUGUGAGUGUA